GAAAUGGAGGUCGAUGAGCGGCCAGUAUCAGCUGAUGUGGUAAUCGAAGAUGCAGCUCUUGUACAGGCAGAUUGGGAUCUUGUUUUGAAGGAAAUGUCGAAUCCUAAAUUUUAUGUAGGACGGCGAAAAUAUGGCGAAGGGUCCGUCUUCGCAAAUGUAGAAAAGAGCGGUGACAACUUUGUAUGCGCCGAUGAAGAAAUUCAGAUUUCAGUACAGCAGUCUUGUCGCGAUUUGAAAGGUCAUGUUAUGGACGUCUACAAAUGCCGCUUUUUCCCGAGUGGGCUUGUUGUUCUUUCUGCUGGUAUGGAUAUGACUGUCAAGAUAUGGUCUGUGGACACCGGGCUUUGUCCAAGAACGUUGAAAGGUCAUACUAUGGCGGUGAGCGACAUAGCUAUUAUUGGCGUUGGUCGCGAAGUACUUUCGUGUUCUCACGAUGGUACAGUUAUCAAGUGGCUGUGUGCUGACGGCAGUCAACAGGAACAAUGGAAACCCGAGGCAGGACCUUGCAAUGCUAUCGCAAUUAGUAAAGACUCGAAGGUAUUUGCUGUAUGUUGCGAAGCGAAGAAGUGUAUGAUGUAUUCUGUUGAAGGACCCACACUUUCAACGAUAGUCACUGACAAUGUGCCAACAGCCAUUUGCAUUGACUACGAAUCUGACCAUAUCGUCUAUAUCGGUGAUGAAGAAGGAAUGGUGUCCGUUUUCGACACAAGAGCAGGAUCAUUUAUCUACCGUUUACAAACUAAUCGUGGUCGAGUGAUGAAAGCAGUCACAAGGGAUGAGGGUUUAUUUGUUGCAUACAGAGACGGAUCUGUGUGUUGUUACCCUCGUGACUCUUCGAAAACAAAUGUUUCAUGUCCUAUAUACGAGUUCACAGGGUCUGACUGUGAUCCAGUCAACUUAUAUUUUCAGAUAGCGAAAGCUCAGGCGCUUAAGACUCCAUCUAUGGUUGCAUUAGAUCACUGUGACUUCUAUUAUGGUCCCAUGUUCGGCAAACACUGGCCUAGUAUUCGACUUGGUUUACUUUCUCCCAAUAAAUAUGUGGCCGUUAUGAAUACGUUCUCGAGAGAUUGCGCUGUUCACGAAGAAUUUCUGAAGCAGUCGGGCACGAUUGAUCUUCUGGCGAAAAUUCGCGGCAAGACUGCGGCUGAGCGAAUAGAGGAGAAGCGACAACGAGUGAAUAGUAUUGCUAGAAAGGAGACAGAAUCUGCUCUCAAAAAGAUGGUGAGUCCUGUUUUAGCGCAUUCUGUCCGUUUGGAAAGCAGACGUACCGAAUCUCUUACCUUCCGAGUUGAGCAACCAGAAAUGCCUUCCACAAAUCGCGAAGAUCCUAUUAUGCGUUCCGCAGCUGGCUUGGGCGACUUUGAACCGCCUUCGCAAUUACUUCUCAUGUUUUCGAAACUCAGGAUCACGGGUUUCGAGGCCGAAGGAAUGGAGUUUGUUCGUCGGGAGCACUUCAUUUACUAUCCGCGAGAACUGCGUUUGCGAAUUCAUGAUCGCGGGGUUCUUGCAGAUUUUCCACCACCAAUAAAAGAUGCUAGCGGCAUUCCAAGCUGGUGGCUUCUUGACGGCGGUUCUCUAGUGCCUGUAUUAGCCCUCGGUUUGGAGAAGGGCGACACUUUGCUGGACGUCUGCGCUGCUCCAGGAGGAAAAAGUUUGCUAGCAUUGCUAACGAAGCUACCGAGUGAGUACUCAGUAAUGAGCAAGGUAGAGUCGAUUUCAAAUGCGUGA